GCGCCCCGCCCGGUACUUAGGCCCGGGCCGGGGCGGACGGGCAGUAGUUGGUGCUGCCGCUGUCGCUCGCCAUGGGCUCCACGCCGCCCGCCUUCAUCGGCCGCGAGGAGGUGGAGCGGCGCCUGCACCGCGCCAGCCUGCUGCUGCCGGCGCUGGAGGCGGCGCUCGCCAACUUCUCCAGCGGCGCGGCGGGCGGCGUGGUGCAGCCCGUGCGCACCGUGGUGCCGGUGCGGCCGCACGGCGGGUUCCUGGGGGUCAUGCCCGCUUACAGUGCCGCGGACGAUGCGCUGACAACCAAGCUGGUGACUUUUUACGAGCACCAGAACGAUCCUUCUGUUCCCUCUCACCAAGCGACUGUCCUUUUGUUUGAUCCGAGAGACGGCACGUUAAAAGCUGUUCUGGAUGGCACUGUUAUUACAGCAAAACGAACAGCUGCGGUUUCUGCAAUAGCUACCAAGUUGUUAAUGCCAGCUUCUGCGGAAGUGCUGUGCAUUUUGGGAGCUGGUGUUCAAGCAUAUAGCCAUUAUGAUAUCUUCACAGAGCUGUUCACAUUUAAGGAGGUCAGGAUAUGGAAUCGCACCAAGGAGAAUGCGGUGAAGUUUGCCCGUUCAGUUCAUGGUCCAGUGCAGGUCUGCUCUUCUGCUCAGGAGGCAGUUACUGGGGCCGAUGUCGUCAUAACAGUCACUAUGGCAACAACACCAAUUUUAUUUGGACAGUGGGUAAAACCAGGUGCCCAUAUCAACGCUGUUGGAGCAAGCAGACCAGACUGGAGAGAACUGGAUGAUGAACUGAUGAAGAAUUGUGUUCUCUUUGUGGAUUCCAGAGAGGCUGCUCUUACUGAAUCGGGAGAUGUUAUAUUAUCAGGGGCAGAGAUUUUUGCUGAACUAGGAGAAGUACUGAAGGGUACAAAACCAGCACUGCCUGAGAAAACAACAGUGUUUAAAUCACUGGGGAUGGCAGUUGAAGAUACAGUAGCAGCGAAAUUCAUUUAUGAUUCGUGGUCAGCUGGUAACUAAAGAGAAGUCUGCAAUGCCAACAAGGCCAUAAAAUACCAAGAAAAUGGUGUGUACUUAGUUUCCUUGGAUUUUUUUUAACAAUAAAGGUAGCAAUCCUAUCUGAAUGUCGCCCUUCUAGAACUUUCAAAAAUGAAAUGUAAAACUUCAGCAGUAGAGUAUUUCUACUGUUUUCUAAUGGCAAGUAUUAGAUAUUUGCAGUAUUACUAAUAAUUGUGUUUUUUUAAAUGUAAUGCCAAGUAUUAGAUGCUUGCAGUAAUACUAAUAAGUAUUGUAUGUAUUUUGAUAACAUUCUGGAAUCAACACCUUUGUUCCCUAACUACAUGUAUAGCAGAAAACUGUGGGUGGAUUUUGUUUGUAGAGAGGUAGUUCAUGCUGGAGUAAAAUGCAUCAGUUUGGAGACUGGAGUUUGAGCUUGACAUGAUGUUACCUGUGGUAGUACUUUAAAUGAAACUGUGGUUCCAGUGUUACAUGGACAGUGACUUAGUCCGCAGUCUCUCCUGGGAACACAGUCUACCCUGGACUCCUGGAGACCCCUCAGCCUCAGGUCUGGAACUCGUUGACCUUACUUCCACCCCCAUGUUCCUCUUGCUCUGCCCUCCGACCUUGCAGUUUUUCAUUUGAGAGCAUGCUUCUGAGUAGGUCUUCUAUACAAGUAAUGAUGUCUCCAUACAGUUAGAUUUCUGUCUACCUGUUUUCAUAAAGCACCUAGGUCAGGAGGGUUGAGAGUACAAAAAAUCAGAGCUAAUAUUAUGUAUGUGUGUUAACUGGAAGGGAACUGUAUUCAGUGCCUUCCUAAGCAAGUUCCUGAGUGGAGUGUUGCCAUUUUCUUGUUUUAAGUAAUCACCCAAAGUGUGAAUACUAAAAAUGUGUUUUGUUUUAACUUUUACUUAUGUCCUGUGGGGAGAUUUUGGUAUUAAUCUGUGGUGUUUGUAAGUUCUUUUCAAAGUUUCCUUAAGGUUGGACCUGUGCUGAGUGAUUACAGGGGCGUAAACUUCAAGUAUACAGGCAAAUACGUUCAGCUUGGCUGCACCACGCCUCAAUUGGCAAUUAUAUUUCUAUCCUGGUGGGUGUUGCUGGGACAGGAUUCUCCAUGAUCCUUUCUUGGCAGAGGAACCCAGCGAUGUCCUACAUAAGGAGAAGUUCCAUUUGUGUGCUGUUACGCAACUGCUUUACAAAAGAUUGAGCAUCUGCUGAAAAAUAGCUAUUGCCCUUGAAUGAAUUCCUGUCUCAGGCUAGAGUUGUGCCUUACGAAAUUUUAUUUCUACUUGCUUAUUGUUUCAUGUAGGCUGUUAAGUAUUUCUUCAUUUUGUAAAAGGAUUACAUGGCCUGGUCAUUUUAGAACAAUGCCAGUAGAGUACAGUGGAGCAACAGGUAGAAGGUUCAGAUGAAGGUAGUGUUAAAACCCUUGAUGGUGAAAAAGUAAGUAUAAAGAGGUUAAUGAGUACAGUGCGGGUGUGACAUAAAUAAUACUCCAAAUUGUAAGCCUAGUGUAAACUAGCUGGAAAAGGGUAGUAAGUGGCAGAGUUUAUUUGCACAGUUUUAGCAUGGAAGGUACCAGACCUUUAAGUGAAUAGAGCCAGAGGAUGUACUAUGUGGGUAAAAAUUGUGAGCAACUCCAUUGGUGGUCUUGAUAUCAAGAACAGAGGUUGCCCUAUUAGCUUUUGCAUUUUUUUACUGUAACAAAAUUACCCUUCAAUUUUUUAACUUUCUUUUUUUUUUCUCCUAUGUCAUUUGUGAAAUGUUCAGUAAUGUGUGUUUGACCUAUCCUGUCAGUUCAGUGAUAGGGAACUCCACUAGCAUGAGGUGAAUGUGAUGGGCAUAGACGCUCCAUAAUUCAAGAGCUGUAUGGAAACUUUCACUUACUAUUUAUGACAGCAUUGUCCCAGUUCUGUGCCCGUGUGAAACAAGGUUUGCAAUUCGCAAUAAAGCAUAGUGUUUAGGAAGAAGACUCAUACAGUUUUUUCACAUGUACUCUGCCACAGACUCUACACUUUGAGGAGUAGAUAGAGCCAGUCCAAAGACCUGGUUCUGAAAACCCACUGCAUUCCUGGCCUUCAUUGGCAGCAGGAGGUUCUAGGAGCCUGGCUUCAGCAUUUUGCCUCUGAAUACUUUGAAUUCAUAAAGAGGACUGGAUUCAGUUACCAUGGGAAUUGCUUGGGUGUUGUCUUUACAUUUCUUUGGAAAUUAUAGCCUUAGCUCUAUGAUUCCUUCUCUUACACAAUUUUAUUUUCUUUGAAGACUGUCUUUAAUUUGUAACUUACAUGUAUGUUAAAAUUAAAUAGCUACCAUUGCUUUUUUUUGGCUUUCA